AUGGCCAGUAAGGGCCCCCGGCCUGCCUGCGUCGAAGAUUACGACGAAGAACACCACGCCAUCCUACCCGACACUAGGCUUUCUGCCAAUAUUGCUGCUGCCAAUACAGCUGCCAAAAUAUCCUCCAGGUUGGAAAGAUUCCAGGAGCCGCUGAUCGACGGCGCCAGUGACUCAGGUUAUUCUAGUCGCACCGCCGCUACGGUUAAUAGCACCCAAUCUGGGCCGUCGGGCGGAAAAAGCCCCCCGAUCCCUCUUAAGCUGGACACCCCCAAGCGUAACGACCUCGCAAGGAAAAGUUCAACCAGAGAACGCAAGGACAAAGAACGAUCACGACCCUCGCGCGAAGAGAAGAUGGUUGGUGCCUAUCCGGGCGCUGCCCAUCAUGCUCACGUGCCCCGGUCGUUGUCCAAGGCUCGUCGACGAGAAUCUUCCCAUGCCCGCCAAUAUCACGACAGUUACUACGAUUACCCUACUCAGUACCAUCAGUCAACCCCGGUUGACCAUCGACAGACCGAAUAUUCCUACUACACCCAGCCACGCCCACCCGUCCCGGAAUACUCAUCGUCCCCGCACAAUGCUCGAUAUCCAGCCGGCGCUAUAGAGAACAUUCACGUCAGUCACCCUGGUCGACCCAGCCGCUCCAAUUCGUAUCACACCUACCACCCAGACGGACGACCCAUGAGUUUCCAUGGUAUGCCACAUGGAAUGGGUUCAGGAAUGGCAUCUCCGAUGUACCCCCAGCACGGAUACGAUAGUCAUGGCCCUCCACCAGCCAGCUCAGCGUACAUGCACCAAUACUCGUCAUCUCCGUACGGACAAUCCUCCUACUACGCCCCAUCAGCCUCGGACUACCCCCCAUCGGAGUAUCCACGAGAGCGGUCCCGGUCCCGGGAGCCAUCACGCCGUCGGUCUUCAUCUAUCUAUACUGCGCCUAAUCCCCCACCCGUGGACUCUGGGGGGUAUGCGCCAUGGUUUGAUGAUGAGCCACCUAUGGAACACUAUUCCUCGCGAGAAGUCCGUGAACGUCCUCCUACAAGACACCAGGAGCAGGAUGAAGACUACUAUCGGAUGCCACCACCAGGAGCCAAGCCCAAGCCCAGGCCACAGAUUCACCAGGCAAAGCGACCAGAGCGGCCAGAGCCACCACGGAAGAUGCAUACCUCUGCCGGUAUUGUUCCCUCUCGUCGCCCAUCCAGAGGCAUGGACAGAGAACGAGGCAUGGACAGGGACAGAGGCAUGGACCGAGAUAUGGACCGCAUGGACAUGCCGGAACUUGCAGCUGCCUUGCCGGUGAUUCAGGAUCGGUCCCAUCGUCGAAUGUCAAGGGACGCCCCAUUGCCAGAGAGAACCCAUAGCCUACGAGAUAACCGACGAUCAACGUCCUACCAGGAUGAUCGACGGACUGCUCAGGUGGCCGUGGCGAGCUCUCGGCGACGGAAGCCAACCGAGUACUACUACGAGGAACCAUCCAGCGCCGGCGACCUUGAAGACCGCGAGCGUGAAGCUGAGAACUACCAGGCAGCCCGAUCCGGCCGAACCUCAACGGCUGCACUGCCUCUCUCCACAGAGGCCUUGCUCCCUACCAAAGCGUCUCACCGCAACGGGAGCGAGAGCGGCAGCCAGAAUAGUCGGUCGAACAGCAGCCGCGGCAGUGCCACAGCCUCACGGAAGGAAGAAGACAAGAACAUGACCCUCACAUUGAACGGAUUCCAAAUUGGAUUUACAUCUGAAGCAGUUGCAGGCAAAUCUAUUAACAUUCGUGCUGGGGACACCGGGGCUGUUCGGUUGAACAUCGGCGGCCCGCGGCCAUCCAAGCAGCAUGUGAACGGUACCAGCUCUGAUUAUACGGGCGGCUCCAGCCGUCGGGAACUUGAAGAUGUGGUGAGGCGUCCCCGGGAUGAUAGGCGGUCGGAACGAUCAAGUCGUCGAGACAGCCAGUCGGCCUACGGGACUACUCGCUACCAUUGA